AUGUCCACGCUCGCUGCCGUCGAUUCCCUCACUGUCGAUGUCAUCACCGACAACAUGAGCGACACCUAUGCGAGCAAGCCGGCGUUCGCUGUGUCGGAAAUGGCCAACAUCCUGAAGGCGGGCGCCACGGAAAUCUCCGGCGAGACGCUUCUGGUGGCCAAUCUCGGUUAUGGCCUGCGCCUCCGGACCAGGAUCGGCACCGCGCAUCACACGCUGCUGUUCGAUACCGGCACCGAAGGCACCGCCUUCGUCCGCAACUGCCGCAACAUGGCGAUCGAUCUUGGCGAGGUCGAGGAGAUCGCCGUGACGCACGGUCAUUGGGAUCACAUGGGCGCACUGCCGGCCGCGCUCGAUGCCAUCGCCGCACGUCGGGGUCGCGGCAGCGUGGCGGUCAACGUCAAUCCCGGCAUGUUCAACGAACGCGGCGUGCUGCUGCAGGACGGCACGAUCUUCCCGGCCGCCCGCGUGCCCACGCCCCUCCAGAUGGAGGCGCAGGGCGCCCGCGUCGUCAACGACGGCAACGGCCGCACCCUGCUCGACGGUCAUUUCUACUACAGCGGCGAGAUUCCCCGGGUCAGCGCCUUCGAGAAAGGGCGCGAGGACCAUCUCUGCCGCAAG